GGCAUGCUUAUAAGCUUAAAUUACAUGGUUUACCAAGUAUAAAGCGAACAUCAAACACAAUUUCAAUUACUAUCUUAGUUUCCUAGAGAAAAUCUUUCAAAGAUCUUGGUUUUUCGUUAAAGAUCUUCCAGAAAUCCAGAUUUUCCAGAAUCACAUUAUGAAAGUCAAAAUCAAAGAAAACUAACAUCACCAAUUGCCAUAGCAUGUUCCAGAAUCUCUAGGCUUCGUAUGCCGCUGAUGUCUUUUUAAGCUGCUUUUCUGUUAUUUGGAAAUGAUCUCACUGGUCAUUAAAUUGUCAAAAAAAGAAAAGCCUUUUUCAGUUCUACAAAGGUAAAAAAUCCGAUCACAAACGGUGAGUACUGUGUAUCGUCCAUAUAUAUCUUUUCUGAUGAAACUGUUUCUAAGCGAAACAGUUCGGUUUGAACUUUUUAUGUAAAGGUAGACUCCUCCACUUUUUCAAUUAAAAAUUAUCAUUGAUCGCUGAGUUUACCGUAUUUUGCUUGUAUAUCAAGUGCAUGUUUAAGUAAUUUACAAUGUUGUUCGAAUGUCUAAUUAUCUUGUCCACCAUGUAUAUUCAUAUGUAUGGACGUAUAUUUGACAACUUUAUCGAGUUGUUUGUUCAAUGUUUUUAGAUGUUCGUCACCUGUCAAAUCGUACCAUGUCUCUGAUACAAAAUCUGUCCAAUUUGUGUAACAUGUACCAAUCAGUUCAAGUUUAUAUUACUUCAAUGUUUCAAGAAAACUGUGUUCAUUUUUAAAAUCAUCUGUUAACUGUUGAAUAUUACUAAUAGAUGUUGCAUUACUUGAAUACCCUAGACGAGAUAAAUCAGGCAAAAGAAUGUUAUAAUCAGAUGAAAACAGUUCAGAACUCCAAAUUGUACGAAAUACUUUCAAUUCAGGAAUAUUAAGUGUUGAAGCUCUUAUAUAAUCUAAAAGAAAUAAUAAGUUCAUGUUUGAACAUUUUCGAAUCAAAGGUGAGAAAAGAUACUUGUACAAUUUGAUUAUGGUAGCGUUAAAAAGUAGCAUAACCUCUCUCUUAGGUUACAUUUUCUCUAAAAGAUAUAGUUAAUAGUACAUCGAAGUGUGAUAAGAAACAAACAAAAGUUUAGGUAGUCUACUACUGAAUAUGUAUCUCUAUUUUCAUUUUUAUUUUACUGUUUGUUUCUCUAGACAAGAGAAUAUUCUAUUGAUAAAAAAAUAAAUGGACAAAAAGUGCAGAUAAAACGAUGAUGUAUACGUCUGCUCUGAUAAUAUCUUUAAUAAUCUCAAUAACUUACUCUUUUCAUUUCAUUUGUACAUGAGAGAUUAAAACAUCUGUUUGUUAAUAAUGAAUAAAUCAAUAAAAUAUAUUUGCAAAACUGUUUAUUGUUGGCUACACCAUUUAGAUUCAAGUAAUCGUACCUAAUUAAUCAAAAUUUGGUAAAUAUUUAUUUAAUGAUAAAAUAUGGUGAUAUAUGUCCACUAAUAAUAGAUAUUCACUUGCUUGUUUAAAAUGUUUUCUGAACAGCAAAAAUUUUUUGUUCCUAUCUUGUACUUGAUAUUGGUAUUAUGUACAACAAUAACAAUUCAAUAUCGGCAGGUUUCAUUCAAUGGAUGGUUUGGUACAAACGAUGACAAUAGUCAUUUGGAACUAUUAGGUUUUACAUGUAGUGAAGAAAAUUCGAAUGGACAAAUUUAUGCUAUAUUCAAUGGUAGUUUAUUAGAAAAUAAUUCAUUUAUUGGUGUGAUAAAUAGUACUAUAGAAUAUAUGAAUAAUUGUAAAACAACAAUGGAAAAACUUUAUGGUAAAGAAAGAAUGAUAAUAAGUUGGUUUAAAAUAAGUCGAACAUUUGAUCAUGAAACGAUAAAAUAUUCUGGAAUUUUGGAACAAAAUGAUAGUCUUAUUACAAUAAAUGGCAUAUAUCGUCAUCAAUUAGAUGGAUAUUCUUAUUAUGUUAAUAUUACUAUUGAAAUAAGCACAGGUCAAUAUAAUAUUAAUACAAUAUUUAAUGAUACUAUCGAUAUCGUGGAUAUUGAUUUUGUUAUAACACCUAGCCAAUUAUCAACAUAUAUUAAUAAAACGUUUAUUUGUCAAUCAAAUGUGAGUGUAAAUGCAAUGGAUAUCAACAGUCUCUUUAAUCAAGAUUAUGAAAAUGGUGUUAGGGAUAUUGAAAAUGGUGAAACAUACAAAAAUGUGAUAACAAAAUUGAAUGAAAUAUUUGGUAGAACAUUAUCCGAUAAUUUCAUUAGUGUAUUAAAUGAUAAAAUACCUUAUUUACAAGAUUUUAUGUUGAAAUUAAAUUCAUCUAGUGUUAAUCAAAUAGAAGAAAUCAAUUUUUAA